UCCCAAGCACUGAGGAGGCCCCAGCUCCCAAGGGGCUGAGAAGCUGGAGCAUUGGUGAGGGAGGAGAAGCGGAGCCAGAUUCUUGCAAGACCCCCUGCACGCCCCACCCCACCCUCAGGAAACAUGAACAGGAAAGACUGCAAGAGGGGGGAUCCCCACAGGAAGUCUCACCAGGAAUGCCCGGGAAAGACAGGAGGACGGGGCCGGCCCCGACCAGCCCGUCGCCACAAGACAUGCCCCAGUCCCCGGGAAAUCAGCAAGGUCAUGGCUUCCAUGGCCCUGGACAUGCUGAAAGAGGGUGGCUGCAGUGAAGAUGAACUGCUGGAGAAAUGCAUUCAGUCCUUCGACUCGGCUGGCAACUUGCGCCGUGGGGAGCACAUUCUCAACAUGGUACUGGCCAUGCACAGUUGGGUGCUGCCUUCUGCCCGCCUUGCUGCCCGUCUCCUGACAUUGUACCAGGAGGCCACAGGAAACACACAGGAGCUGAGGCGGCUGCAGAUCUGUCACUUGGUCAGGUACUGGCUGAUCCAACACCCUGAGACAGUGCACCAGCAGCCCCAGGUAGAAGAGGUUAUAAGUCGCUUCUGGGCCACUGUGGAGCAGGAAGGCAACUCAGCCCAGAGGAGCUUGGGAGAUUCCUCCAACCGCCUGAGCCCCGGUGGCCCUGGCCCCCCACCCUCGGUGAGCAGCCCAGGUCUGGGCAAAAAGUGCAAAGUGUCCUUGCUUUUCGACCACCUGGAGGCAGAGGAGCUGGCUCAGCACCUCACUUACCUGGAGUUCCGGUCCUUUCAGGUUAUCACGCCCCAGGACCUGCGAGACUACGUUUUACAGGGCUCCGUGCAGGGCUGCUCGGCCCUAGAAGGAUCUGUAGGUCUCAGCAACAGCGUGUCCCGCUGGGUGCAGGUCAUGGUCCUGAGCCGUCCAGGGCCCUCGCAGCGUGCACAGGUGCUAGACAAGUUCAUCCACGUGGCACAGAGGCUCCGCCAGCUGCAGAAUUUCAACACACUGAUGGCAGUCACUGGGGGCCUGUGUCAUAGUGCCAUUUCCAGGCUCAAGGACUCCCAUGCUCACCUGAGCCCUGACAGCACCAAGGCCCUGCUAGAGCUGACUGAGCUACUUGCUGCCCACAACAACUACUCCUGCUAUCGCCGGACUUGGGCUGGCUGCACAGGAUUCCGGCUGCCUGUGCUGGGUGUGCACCUCAAGGACCUGGUGUCCCUGUAUGAGGCCCACCCGGACAGGUUCCCUGACGGCCGCCUGCACCUUUCCAAGCUCAACAGCCUGUACCUGCGGCUGCAGGAGCUGGCAGCGCUCCAGAAGCAGCAACCCCCCUGCACUGCCAAUGAGGACCUGCUACAUCUGCUCACGCUUUCCCUGGAUCUCUUCUACACGGAAGACGAAAUCUAUGAGCUUUCUUACGCCCGGGAGCCUCGCUGUCCCAAGAGUCUGCCACUCUCCCCCUUCAAAGCACCCCUGGUGGUGGAAUGGGCCCCUGGUGUGACACCCAAGCCCGACAGGGCCACCCUGGGUCGGCAUGUGGAGCAGCUAGUGGAGUCUGUGUUCAAGAAUUAUGACCCUGAAGGCCGAGGAACCAUCUCUCUGGAGGACUUUGAGCGACUCUCAGGCAACUUCCCCUUCGCCUGCCAUGGGCUCCACCCACCCCCCCGCCAGGAGAGUGGCUCCUUCAGCCGAGAGGAGCUGACAGAGUACCUGCUCCGAGCCAGCGCCAUCUGCUCCAAGUUGGGCCUGGCCUUCUUGCACACCUUCCAUGAGGUCACCUUCCGCAAGCCCACCUUCUGUCACAGCUGCAGUGGUUUCCUCUGGGGUGUCACCAAGCAAGGCUACCGCUGUCGGGAUUGCGGGCUGUGUUGCCACAAACACUGCCGAGACCGAGUGAAGGACGAGUGUAAGAGACCAGGGACCAAGGGCGAUAUGGGCCCCCCAGGAGCCCCUGUCCCACCCACACCAACACCCCAUGCCAGCUGUGGCCCUGAGGACAGUCUCUCCUGCACACUCCCGCUGGAACCUGAGGCGGGCCGCCACCUGUGCCAUGCUUGGACACAGACAGAGCCCCCACUCCCUUCCUGGGAACCAGAGACGGUGAGGAGGAACUGCCCCCAACCCCAUCGGGACACAGGGAGACCAACCCACUUGCUUGGGGAACCCAAACAGAUUUUGGGGAGCAUAGCAAAGUAAAAAUGUGUAAAAGCCCUCAAUUACUUGAGUAGGAGAAUGUGGAACCUCUUUUUAACUUUUAAUGUUAAAAAAACCAGAAAUUUCAUUAUGCUGAGGGAGAGAAGGGGUAGCCUCUAGUAGAACAGAAAAAGGAUGCUAGGAGGAAAAAAAAAAACCUAAUAAGAUGGCAAGAGUACGACCAAAUGUAUCAGAGGCUGCAAUAAAUGUCAGUGGAAUGAAUUCCACUUUUCAAAGGCAGAGAUCAGAUUGGGUUAAAAAAAAAAAAAAGGCCCACAGGGGACAUUCACUCACUCACUUAACUAAACAGCCUGGUGAGGUGCUGCUCCUGGCAGUGACACGUCUCCUGGACACCCUUCCACAUCACCCAACAUCUUCCUCCUUCCAGGUCCCCCUCCCAAUGAUGGCCUCACCACCCAGCCAGUCCUCCGAGCCCAACUCCUAGAUGUUGCCUCGGUCUCUCCGCCCCCUCCCCACAGAGCCAGGCCCCGGGGCAUGUUAUUCAGCCUCCAGCAGGACUCCCAACGGGAUUGCCUCCUCUGCAUCCACACUGCCCUCGUGGAAGCAUCCACCGUCUCUUACCCCCAAAAGAAAGUUAGGAAGUUAUUUUCUUUUGUGCAUCAGAGUAGCUAUUAAUCAUAAUCCCUUUUCCUGCACUUUGUAUGCAGCUCCGUGUUGGAUAUAUUUAAACUUAGGCAUUAUUUCACCAACUCCUUACAUCUCCAUUUUCCAGAUGAAGAAACUGAGGCUUAGUGAGGUUAAGCUGCUUAUCCAAGGUGGCAAGACUCAAACCCAAGUCUUCUGUCUCCCUCUAAAACAGAAGCUUCUGACUGAUGUGCUACACUGGCCAUCAGUGUGGGUCAGGAGUGGGAGGGGAUAGGUUGGGAAGAGUUCCAAACUCUAGGCUUCCAGAGACAGAAGGGAAGGCUACAGAAGGGGUGGAGAGGAAAGCCCGUGAACACCUGAGUCAGAUCACGUGGCUCAUUCCACUGAGUGUAGAACCCAGAGUACUCGAGCGGUCCACUCCACACGAUGUGCCCCUUACUUCCCACCACCUGCCCCCUCACUCAUCCUGCUUCAGCUACCCUGGUCCCUGAACGUGCCAAAAAUACUCCUACCUCAGGGUCUUUGCACUGGCCAUUCUCUCUCCGGGGAACGCUCUUCCUGAGAGUCCCAUAUGACUCCCUUAGUGAGGCCACCCCUCACGACGCUCAAAAGUUGCAAUCUCCCCCCAUCCUGAUCCUACCUUCCUGCUUUCUUUUCCUUCAAAGUCCUUUUCUCAUCUGGCGAACUAUACAUUUUGCUUUUUUCUCUUGUUGAAUAUCUGCCCCUCUUUACCAGAAAUGUCAGCUCCAGGAAAAUAGGGGUUUUCAUGAUUUGCCCCUUUCACUGCUUUCUCUCCAGCUGGCACAUGAUGGGUACCUGAUAAAUGUUCGUUCAGUCCCUGUGUGUCUCCUUCCCCAUGCCCACAGGAAGGGAAAGAUGUGUUGCUGAAGAGCAAAGGACUUGGAGGGUCAGAG